AAAACUUAAAAUCAAAAGCCACGGACCACCAGGCUUUUUAUUUAGUAGGCACCAUGGUGCUCAGACCCUCGAAGAAAGGCCCCUGUAGAUGCUGGGUUAGCAGUCCCUGAGCUAACUGCAAAGAAAGACACCUAGAACAGGACUUGGCUCCAAAUUUAUAAAUCUUAAACAUUUUAGGAAUUUUGGCUAAUUAAACCAUGUAUGGCCUUUUAAAUGUCUCUGUGGGGGAUUUAUUGUGGGGUUUUUUGCCAUUAUGUUAUGUAUUUUGUGCUUUUCAGGUACAGUAAAUUAAUUUGUUAGAUAAUGAUCAUUUUCUAUACGUACUUUAACCCUAAACUUCCCAAUUCUCAGUGGCGCUUGCCCAUGCCCGCCAAAAGCAGGCAAAACCACCUGAGAGAGGGCGAGGGCAAGUUGUCCCACAAAAACCAGGAUUUCUGCCCUCCUUUCCUUUAUGAUUCCUUAAAGCCUUAUUUACUGCAGCUUCCACUUUUGAAAAAAACAGUCCAGCUUGUCAGGUUGCCAUUUAAAGUUUUAAUAAUGCUGGAUUUGUGCUUCAUAUGAUAAUCCUGGUUUUUUUUUCUGUUAAAGAUUAUCCGCUGUCAUUUGUAUAAUAUUAAUAAGCCUGACACCGUGGAGAACAGACGGAAGAAUCUAGUUCUUUUUACUUCAGCUGGUCUUGCUCCCAGCAUCCAGAUCUUCAACAGUACCUACUCCAAAGUCUUCUACUUCAAAAUGACUCGGGUAAAGCAUUCCGGAAGGGCUCAUAGCACAUCAUUUACAUGCAGAAGGUCCCAGGUUCACUCCAGUGUGGUGUAGUGGUUAAGAGCAGCAGACUCGUAAUCUGGGGAACCGGGUUCGCGUCUCCGCUCCUCCACAUGCAGCUGCUGGGUGACCUUGGGCUAGUCACACUUCUCUGAAGUCUCUCAGCCCCACCCACCUCACAGGGUGUCUGUUGUGGGGGAGGAGGGGAAAGGAGAUUGUUAGCCGCUUUGAGACUCCUUUGGGUAGUGAUAAAGCGGGAUAUCAAAUCUAAACUCCUCCUCCUCUUCUUCUUCUUCUUCUUCUUCUUCUUCUUCUUCUUCUUCUUCUUCUUCUUCUUCUUCUUCUUCUUCUUCUUCUUCUUCUUCUUCUUCUUCUUCUUCUUCUUCCCUGACUAUUUCCAGUUAAAAGGGAUCAGGUAGCAGGUGGUCACUUCUGCCUGAACUUUGCACAGCCACUGCCACCAGAAUACUUAUUAAACAAUGUCAUAAUAUUAGGCUGGAGACUUACAGUGGUCCAGUGUGUAGCCCAAGGACUGCAUGCAGUCCUCAAGACCAUUUUUGUUGGCCCUCAGCAACAUUUGACAUCCCUCAGCCCUCGCGCUGCCUUCCCAAAGCCAGCUAAGUGAGGUGCUGGGUUUGGGAAAGGAGGUGCGAAGGCUCUGGCAAGGUCCUAUUACCGCCUUUCCAAAGCUGGGAAAGCGCUAACUGCAUCAAGGCAGUGUGUGGCCCACGGAUUACAUGGUCAAAGUACUCUUGCGGCCCACUUUGUGUGAAAGUUGGGCUGGCUUGAGCUAGUUGAACAAGGGUGGGGUGGAUCUGCACUCAUGGUUUUAAACGUUGUUUUUAAGGUUCUAUUUAGGAUAAAUGGGUCUUUUGGGAGUAAAAUAUAACAGAAACCAACAAGACUUCAAACUAUAAUAUCAGUUAUUACAUGCAUUUCAUUAGACAAUUAUUCAAUUGAAAGGUGUCUGAAAAGCUUGUCAGGCUUUUCUUUUAAAAAUGUGUUCCAAAGCUGAGUGAUAGCUUUCUGUUGCACGAUAGAAUUAACACUCUGAAAGAAUUUUUGUUACGGUAGUACUUCAUUUCAUGAACAUUAACAACAAAAUACUUUUCAAACCACUGUGAGAAACAGUUCUUAAGCUAUGAGACUAUCAGCUACGAAAAUUCAUAAUUGGAAAAUCAGUCCGCACAGUAGUUUACCUAAAUGUAUGUGACUCUUCAAGUAUUUAAGACUAAAAAUCAUGGGUUGCCAUCCUUUUUUUAAACAAAAGGGAGGAAGUGUAGAUUCGUGGAGUAUUGAAAUCCAACGACAAGAGUUAACAUAUAAUACAGAUCCUCUUCUUCAGUGGUAUUUGACCCUUGGUGAAGAGGCAGAUAUUAAUGAUACAUUGUCUGAAGUAGCCGAUAUCAAAAUAGCAAAAACUCCUUGUGCAAGUGAUGUAGCAGUAAUUGGUCUGAUCUAUAGAACCAGAAAUAUAGGACUAAUUAUAGGAAUGACUGACAGUGGAUUUAUGGAUGGGGAUACAUUAUGGUUUAACUUGUCCGCUACCAUUUGUGCCCUCUUGGAAAAUGAUUGUCAUGGACUUGCUCUUGUGGAUCUCACCUUAACAAAUACACGUCUUGUACUCCUCACCUCACUAGGAUUAUUUAUCAGUGAUGAUCUGCGCAUUAAAACUGAACAGCUGUUGCAGUUCGGGAAACCAACCUUAUGUGGCUUUGAAAUGGAUGAUUAUCUUAAAGCUAAAAUAUGGUACAACCUCCAGUGUCUAGCUAACAAAGAAUUAUAUGAAACGGACUAUGUUGGUCUGUCAUUCAACAAGGAUAAGUCAUUGAGCCAGGAAUCCACUUGCUUCUAUAGCAAUGAAACAUUUCAAAAAUGGCACAGCUGCUUGCCUCCCAAAAUGAAAGGCGAAAGGCACUUUUCCAGACGGGUGGUUUCUUUUCUUGUUGAUUAUGAACAGAACACUGGCGUUGCUUUGUUAUCUCAACAGACUCAGGCAUUGGUAUCAGUGCAUAAGUUAACAGACGGCAGCAUGAAUAAAAAAAGAAAAUUCCCAGCCUUCUGGUUUCCAGAUAAGAGAUUUAUACCAAAUGGAUUGUAUUUUCACACAAACAGCCAUUUUCUGUAUGCAUAUGGCAAUCAGGUGUGGAUUUCUUAUGAUGGAGGCAGCACUUUUAUACCAUUAUUGAACCUACGUGCUGAGAUGAUUAUAGAAGCAGAUUCAUGUGUUUACACCCAAGCGAUUGUAUUUGUGACUGACGCGGCAAACCUUAUCUACACUAAGGCAGGUUUACGGAAAUAUGUCAAGCUUUUACCGCCAGCAAAGGGUAUCUUCAACAUGUACUUUGACCACCUGGGAGUAUUAAAUCAUAUUUCUGUGAAUGAAACAGCUAACACAUUUGUAAAAGAGAUGGAUGUGGAUGUGGACACUUUAUUGAAGGAUAUUGACUUAGCUUUUGAAGGUCCUUUGGCUGUACAGUAUAUCACUGAAGAGCAAAUGAUAUUUUUAAACCACGAGCCACUGAGAGGAACAAGACGUGAGAGAUUCAGUAGUCUGCAAAGAGGCAAAAGAUUAGAUUAUGAGCCAGGAGGAUCGGCUAUAAUCAAAGAGGUUUUUAGGACGUCAGCUCCUCCGGGCUUUAUAUCAUCAAUACUGGUAGAUGUUCUAGAUCGGUUUCCUGUUGAAUCUAAAACUGUUAGCCCUUGUACAGCAAACACUUUAAGAGUUUUGCCCCCUACAGGGACCAGUAUAUCAUACAGGCUUCAGCUGACAUCUCCAGGUACUAUUAAUAUAUUUAAACCAACUGAUCGUGAGAAAACAGUGGUGAUUCCAGGCAGUAGCAGUUUCUUCAUUGUUCAAGUUAUAGAUGACCAAAAUGCUUUAGGAGAUGCUACUAUGCCUAAUAGGGUGCUUUUAAAUACAGACAUUCCACCUGGGAGGUGGUUCUUGUAUGACUUUGGCACUGAAACUAAGAGAAAAUGGAAAAUUGUUGUUGACAUAUGUAGAUAUACAAUACAACAGUUUGAUGACCUACCACGCCAUGCCAUUAAAUACUUGGAUAUUGGAUCAAAGCUGGAAUUUAAAUUCAGAGUGACUCCAGUUAAUAUAGCGUAUAAUGUGUUUCAUGCUAGGCUAUUGUACGUAGGAAUUGGAAGGCCUUCUCUACUGGAUGUGAGCACAAAAUCUUACUUUGACGACAACAAUAGCAAUUUAAUCGAUAUCACUGUUCAUAGUAAAUUUUUUGAACAGGGUAAAACCACCAUAGCUGUGAUGAUCCCAUUGGGAUCUCUCCGAUGUGAAGUGACAACUAUUGUCUUAACGCUGAAGAAUUCCUGCUCCUAUCUUAAAUCAAUGCACUAUGUUCUGUCUGCUAAAACCUCUCCUUCGGACUGGCUAGUUGAGGAUGUCGAAGCGGAACCAAAUGGCUCAGCGAUUGCCAGACUUUUAAAGGAGUUACCGCCGAACUACAGGCCACCAUCUGUUUUGGGAGUUGCUGUUCCACUCACAGAAAACUUUUAUAAUGCUGACCCCAGCAAGCCUAAACUGAGGGAUUAUUUUACAAAUUCAAAAAAUUCUGGACAGUACAAGCAAUGUGCUGGCAAGUCAAAGCGCUCCGAAUGUGGAUGUACAGAAAAUAUGAAGCUGUCAUUUUCUGUUGCCUUUUCUGAUUGCAAGGAGAAGGCCCUGCGAAUGAAAUUCCCAGUAUCAAGGCUUCCUCUCUAUUUCACCAUUGAGGAUGAGGGUCGCUCUGUAAAUCUGACAUCUCCUUAUUUUAUUACAAUCAUAGAAGUCAACAACAGAACCAACUGGAAAGUUUCAGGUACCAAUACAACAUCAAGUACGUUAAAAAUGAAAAAAUAUUUGGAGCACAGACUCAAAACUGAACUAUAUAAUCCAGAUGGCCUAUCUAUAACGAUAACUGGAUCUGAGCUUUUCCAUUUCAGGGUAUCAACUAUUCCUGGAGUCUCCUUUUGUAACUUAUUUGACGAAUUUCAGAUUUAUAUUGACGAUUCUCCACUGGCAUUCCCAGGAAACUAUCUUAUCAGUACAAUGACAUCUAUAUUAAUUGGAGGCAUUAUUUUUGUGGCUUAUAUUCUGUAUGUAUUUGAAAUUGAGAUACGGAACUUCUUUAAAAGGAAACUAAGAAGAAAUAAAGUGGCAUCGAAACCCUCACCCAAGAGAGAUUCCGUAAAUUCUAGUGAUUCUGCAGGAAUUUGACUGGCAAUAGUAAUAAUGUUAUAAGAAUGUGUUGGUUUUUAAAGUUGCUGCAAGACCCCCUCUUGCUUUUUUCAGGACCUAUGUUCCACAAACGUUAAUAGUAUUUUUUUGAACGAACAUAUGUACAACUAUUUCAUUUUUAGCUGUAGUCUUUCUGUUUAGGAAAAAUAUUUUUGAAAAUAUGUGAGGAAUUUUCUCUUCUUGUCCCUUAGGAUGAAAUACAUUUAGCCACUGUUGGUCAUGAAUUUUACUGAAGUUUAUUGGGAAAGA